AUUACGAAAAACAGAAUCGGGCCCUCCCAAGCGUAAAGAAUUCCGAGUAAGUUACGCUGAUUUUGCGAUGGUUUGUAAUUUUCUUUAGAUCCUGACUAUCCAGAGGCCUUAGAACAGUUGUGAGCAGUGUCCUGUAUUCACAGUUGGUUAUCAGAUUAAAAAGACACAAUGAAUAAGGAUCAGCUUUCCACCUCUGUAAACUCCUUGCUGGAGUUGGACAACAUCUCAGUGAAUCCCAGCUACUCGGCAUCAGAAGAGGAGAGCGAAAGGGUGGGGAUGGAAGAACUAGACACAGAGAUGGACGGUGAAGGAAAGAAGAAAAAGAAACAGGUGAAAAAAAGACGGAAAAAGAAAGAAAAUCUGGAGAAUGAAGACAGUUGUGCAGAAUUUGAAGUGAGAGCUCAGACUGAGUCCGGGGACCCUUCAAACGAUUCGGGGUUAGCUGUCCAGAAAGGUUUGAAGGGCAGAGACCCAUCCCCAGCCAAGAGCGGCCGUGGCCUGAUGGUGCGUAAGCUGGAGUCUGGCGGUCGCUUCCGCACCAAGCUGGGUGGGGGCACCAGUCCCCUGAGCGGACACCCUGCUAAACUGUCCAGCACCUUCCCAAGGGAGGGGCAGAAGGGCGUGGUUGAUGGAGCCGUGACGGCUAAGACCAGGAGGGGUUCAGCUAGUGCCCUACACAGCAGCCCUGCACAGGAUAGCAUGAGCAGGAAGGAUUCUAGUGGAAUGGACAAGUUUGCAAGACAUGGAUCCACAGAUUCAGGGCAAGGUGAGACAGCACCACAUCACUUUGGGAGGAAAGAUGCUGGAGGUAAAGACAAGCAGAAGAAAGGAAAGAACGGAGGGAAGGAUAAGAAACAAGCGAAGAAGGAUGGCCAGCCAUUAUCCCCUAGUGGCCAACCCUCAGAUUCCUCCGGUGCCACGCCCAAGAAGCAAUCUUUCAAGCCAUUUGAUAAGUACUGGAUGGAGGAAGAUGUGUCUAAACUUGUAAAACAGGGCAAGGUGGUAAAGGGAACGCUACGGAUCAACCCCAAGAACUUUGAGGAGGCGUAUCUUGACUCACCAGAUGGUGGUUCUGAUAUCUUUAUCAACGGUGUUCACGCCCGCAACAGAGCCCUCCAAGGUGAUGUAGUAGCAGUCCAGAUCUUGACUGGUGAAGUUGUAAUGACUCCUAAGUCACAGAGGAUGAGUACGCCUAGGAAACUUCUUGCCAACCAACCCAUCAUUGCAGUGUCCGAGAGUCCUGACCGACAGGGUUCCUCCACACCAGGAUCAUCGACCCCCAAGAAGCUGGGAGGGAGGUACUUCUUCGGAAGCCAAGGUGAUUUUGACACAAGCAGCUUGAAUGAGCUAGAUGUAUCAGACAACAUGAGUAGCUUGUAUCUCAACAACUCUGAAGCAGCAUUUGGCUUCGCAGACGUCUCAGCCACGUCAGGUGAGGAGCAGGACAAGGUGGGAGACCUGGUGCGCAGGGAGUGGUCCGAUGCCAGGUCUGAGGUUUCGUCAAGUAGUGAAGUGAUAGAAGACGCCCCUCGUACCCCAAGCAAUAACAGGGGAUCCUCAACCAGUGGAGGGGGAACUCCCCAGAAAAUCGGAGGGACACUUGGAAAUGAUCCACGCAUGGCGCCCAAGACUGCCAGGGUCGUCUACAUCUGUGAAUACAAGCAUUCCAGAGCAGCCAGCGGACAUCUAAAGCUUCCAUCUAACCCGAGAGCACCUGACGUGAUGUUUGCUCCCACUGACCACCGUGUACCUCGGAUCUACAUCCCAAGGAAGGAAUGCCCAGCUACGUUUUCCCAGCGACCCCAGGACUAUGCAAACACACUCUUCAUCGCUCAGAUCAUCGAUUGGCCACGCAUCUCAGCAUUUGCAAAAGGGCAUUUGCUAUACAGUAUUGGACAGGCAGGGGAAGUAGAGGCUGAAACGACAGCUAUGCUGAUUGAGCAUGGCAUCGACAGUUCUGAGUUCACUACUGAGGUUCUAGAGGACCUUCCAAAGGAGCGCCCUUGGAGGAUACCUGCGGAGGAGUUGUCACAGCGACGUGACCUGAGGUCAGAGUGCAUCUUCACCAUCGACCCGACCACAGCCAGAGAUCUGGAUGAUGCUCUUCACUGUAAAGCUUUAGGAGAUGGCAUCUAUGAAAUGGGUGUUCACAUUGCUGAUGUGAGUUACUUUGUGAAAGAAGAUACCAGUUUGGAUAAGACAGCAAGUCACAGAGCUACUAGUGUUUAUCUGGUCCAAAAGGUAAUUCCUAUGUUGCCGCGAUUACUUUGUGAGGAGCUGUGCAGUUUGAAUCCCGAUCAGGAAAGACUUACUAUGUCUUUUAUAUGGAGGAUGACGGAAGAAGGAGAGAUCUUGCAAGAAUGGUGCGGCCGUUCUGUGAUCCGUUCCUGCGUCAAGCUCAGUUACCUCCACGCCCAAGACAUGAUCGAGAACUGGGAAGAGAAAGGGGACGACAUCGUGCUUCCAGAGAUCACCAACGGCUUCGGCAGGAACGAGGUGGCUCAAGCUGUGCUCAACAUGCAGAAGAUUGCUUCAAACCUACGCAAGAAACGUUUUGAUGGUGGUGCCCUACGACUCGAUCAAGUGAAACUACAGUAUUCAUUGAAUGCAGAAACCACACUUCCCAAUGGCUACUCAGUCUACCAACAGAAAGACAGUAAUAGAUUGGUUGAGGAGUUCAUGUUACUAGCCAACAUGGCGGCAGCUCACCGAAUCUUCAAGGCGGAACCACAGAGGGCGUUUCUGAGGCGACACCCACCUCCCAAGGAGAAGAUGAUGGACGACCUAGCGACGCUCUGUGAAAGUCUUGGUCUGGACAUGGAUGGAACAACAGCUGGAAAGCUUCAGGCUUCUCUGAACAGGUACUGUACAUCAGAAGAACAAGCCAAGUGUCUGCUGAAGGUGCUGACUGUCCUCUACUCUAAACCGAUGCAGAAAGCGAGAUAUUUCUGCUGCGCGAGUCUAGAGGAUGAGGAAAUGUAUCGUCACUAUGCACUGAACGUACCGCUGUACACUCAUUUCACAUCUCCCAUCAGAAGAUACCCUGACAUACUGGUACAUAGAAUGCUCGCUUCAUCUCUCGCAUGUGGUCCUGUAAUGGAAAGAGACCCAGAGAGACUGCAGAGGCAAGCCAUGAGGUGUAAUGAUGCCAAGGAUUCAGCCAAGGAAGUGUCGGAUAAAAGCAGUGAUCUCUUCUUCUGCCAGUUUGUCAAGGAAUGUGGACCUCUGGUUGAGAAGGCCAUUGUCAUGGCAGUGCUAGAUCGCUCAUUCGAUGUCCUCAUUAUCAAUCUUGGACAAGUGAAGAGAGUCUACUGCAAUGCUAUACCUUUGAAGAAGUUAAUUGCAGUUCCGAUUGCAAAGUACUAUGAGCUAACCCUGGAAUGGGAGGAUGAAGCAGGGUCAAAGGGCGUGACCCAGGUCAUCAAGAUGUUUAGUCAGGUGACCGUGGAACUCACAGCCGACAGAAUGCCCGGGAAGUAUAAGGCUGUGCUGCAAAGGCCGUGCAACUCGUCAUAAUUAGCAACCAACUCACCCACGAGGUAUCCCUUGCCCAUGUUUAUUUAAUGCAGCUACAAUGCAUGUAUAUGCUGCACCUUGUACAUUCUACUCCCGACUAUCUAAACAAAUGAUGCCAUACCCACUGUCGUUUUGACAUUUUAUGUAUUCUUCUUGAGCCCUUAGAAGUACGAUAAUAGCAUGGUGAUGAUAAUACAGUCAAACCUGCUUUAGUGACCACCUGUAUAGAAAGACUGCAUCUUUUUGUUUCCCUUGAAAAUGGUUUCUCAUUGAAACAUGUCCUAAAGUAACCUGUACGUAAAGACGACCUGCCUAUAAAGACCUCUUUUCUUGUCUCCUUUGGGUGGUCUUUAUAGACAGGUUUCACCGUAGUAGUAAUAGCAAAUACCCUGAUGAAUUAGAGUAUUUGCAAUGCAUCAACUUUACAUCACUAAUUUGCUUGAGUCUGUUCUUAAAAUAAACCUUAAAGAAGAGAAUUACAUGCAUAAUUUACAAGAUUUUAUGGUAUGUCUUGAAACCUGAUAUUUGAUCUGGUUGAAUUUAAGGUAUGACACCACAUUCAAUGAUACUGCCAAUAAUGGAUUUUUGUUGUUGUCACUACAUGACAUGUAAUCAGACAUCUAGAGAAUUACCCUGAGGUUCUUUAACUGAUUGCCCCUGGGAAUUGGGUGCUUCAUGUAUCCUGCGGGAACUAGAAUUCUUCAAUAAUAAUAAUAAUCAAUUUUUAUAUAGCGCGUAACACUUUACAAAGUAUGUCCCUGUGCGCUUAGAAAGAAAAGCAAAGAGAUAAAUAGGAUGCUGAGUUCCUUUUACUUGUUUACAACAAUUGAAAUAAAUGUAUUUUCAGGGUGGACUUGAACUUAUCUAACUCAAACCCAAAUGUCUUUGACAUUAUUACUAGUGACGUAGCUAUAGGUGCUCACAACAGUAGAGAACAAUCUCUCUUUUUCUUUCUUUACCAUGCCUGAAUUCCAAUUAUUUUAUACUCACAUGACAGGGUAACAUGUAGCCAUACAAGCUUUGCUUAGAGAAUUUGGUUACGGAUUCAUAUUUUUGCUCCUAUAUGUGUGAUGCAUGUUUAGCAGGCUUGAUGAUAUUGUGUGAGAUUCGUUUGUUGAAAGACCAUCUUGCCAUCCUGCCCGCUCUGCCACUGUUCAUGCACAUGUAUGUAGACAUAUUAAAGGUUGUGUCAACAAGUGGUGUUUAGACAAGUUUACACACAAUUAGAUAUACGCUGAAUGGGCCUUUGUGGGUAAUUCUACAGUGUUUGGCAACAUGUCCUGCCGUAUUCUCCUGGAAUUUUCAAGUCAAGGUUUUAUCAACAAGAGGACCCACUCACCGAACAAGUACCUUAGUCAAAGUAUAGGAUGCCUAUCAAAUCGACGAAGGAGAAGAGUAUGUCCAGUUCGAUCCAUGGAUAAUGAUGUCUCCUUCAAGCUGAUAAAGAGUCCAGAGUUCUAUUGGGUCCUAAUGGGUACUGAUGGUAUAGACCCAUUGCAUAAUUGUGGUGAUAGGUGAUGCGAAUGGUUAAAAGGGCUGUAGCAUGGGAAAUACCGGUUGACGCCAUCUAUGUCUUCUUUGGACAACUGCAUAUAAACAAAUGGACUUGGUUAACUGGGUCAGCGCGCGCUAGCGUUCGCGAAACAGGUCGAAGUUCUCCUUACGCUUCGGCUUUGCGUAUGUUGGAUGGACGUGAAUACGUAGGCCUACUGCGGUCGCAUAGUCAUAUUAAACUUGAUUGUCCCUGAGUGAGGCCACGGGAAAGACAUGUAGUCUCGUCAUGCUACAGCCUCUUUAAAGACCCAUAGUCAUGGGUGGUUAUGGGAAAUUUGACACCAUUCGGAUGUUUACACAAUAACAGGUGUUGUCAAUCACACACACAGUGUGGUCCUCACCUUUAUGAUCAACAGUUCACCUAUGAUAUUUGAAGGCAAGAUUCAAAGAAAUUUUCUGGUGGGUCACAUUUUCACUGCCUGGGAGACCUGAGCACACUUUAAUAGGUGUCAGCCAUUUGUGAGGCAUUACACAUGAAUACAGAUGACUGUGUGGCUUAAACAUGUGGCUGUGUGUUUUGAACUGUACCAGUUUUGGAUUAAAUCUGUUGCGCUAAAGAAAAAUGAGCAUCAUAUAAUUAUAACGCCUGUUAUUUUCAUACACUUUACUAACAACCUUCUCUUAACAUUCCCUUUAAAAAGCGGGGAAAAUCAUUCUUUUUUUAAUACACAGAUGUAGCAUAGUUUGCCAGACGGAUAUCGGUAUGCAAAGACAUCCAUGUUUUGGUGAUGCUUGUAAGAUGAUAUAGAUACUCAUGUAAUUGUAUGAUAUUCUUUAAGAAUGGCUUCCUAGUGCAAUGCGUAUAAAAGAGAAUAUAUCUGUUCAUUUUUAUUAUCUAAGUCAGUCUAUGUUUUUAUUUGUAGUAAACGAAAACAAGAACUACAUGUAUAUAUCAUAUUUUGAUUGAUGUAACUGUAUUACUCGAUAGUGCAACCACAAUAUUACUGGUGCUAUACGUUGUUAACACAUCAGUCUUUGAGAAAUUUGAGUUAUUUUUAUGGACUCUUUGACUGAACUACAUGAAUGUUUUACUCCACUGCAAUUUUUUGACAAUUCUAUAUAUUUUUGUGGACUUGAACAUUUUCUAGCUAAUUACAGUAUUCUUAGGAUCAUAUAUUAAUGAACUUCAGACCGAGUAUGCCAUAAUGCAUUUAUUAUUAAAGCUAAAUGCACUUUUUUUCUGAAAAGAAAGCAAAAAAGUAGGUAUUAAUAUCUUGAUUGAAUAAGAAAGUAGUUUGCAGGUCUUUGAAUUGUAGAACAAGAGUUAAUGAUUAAUGUACUAUGUACUAUUGGAGGUAUUUGGACUUUCAUUGACUAAUGAUGUACAAACAAGAUAUGUGAAUAUUAUAAUUUUUAUUAUUCAGUAUUGCUUGUCAAAGUUCUUUCAUGAAUGUCAAAUAUUGCAUUUAUUAACUAACUGUUGAUGUAUUGAACCACAUAAUUGUACUUAGUGUUAUUGGAAUGCAUUGAUUUAGAGACGUGAAGUUGAUGUGAACUUAAAUAAAAAUACAUUAGAGAAAAAAGAGAAGAAAAUCCCUUAUCUCCUUUAAUACGGAGAGGGAGGAUAAUGAAAUAUUACAUAAAGGCUGUAUUCAGAGGCACUGAUUAUAUCUUAAUGUCAGAAAUAUUUUUUUUGUGAGGGUUUAAUCAAAUUUCAGAUAAAAAUUAGGCAAAAGUGUAAAUAGUGUUGAAUAUGCAAAAAAACUCUAAUGACAGUAAUUCCACUUUUGUCUUGCUCUGCAUCAAAAGGUGUUAUAUGAAGUGAGAUGAAAUAUUUCCCGUUUCAUAAUCUAAAGAAUCAUAAUCAUUUAUAUUUUCCAGACACACGUUUCUUUUCUAUCAGCUUUUGCAUGUAUGUAGGCAAUUUACAUAUUUCAUCAAAUCUCUAGCUUAAUGUACCUGGAAAUGAAAGGGUAUCAUAAUAAUUUUGUUCAAAGAUAUGAAUUUUCCCCCUUCUAAUUUUAUAUGAAUAGAGUUAUUGUGCAGGGUAUUAAUUAAUUUUGUAUAUUUGAAGACUACUUUCAAGCUUAAAUUGUUCCUGCAGACUUUAUGUGUUUUGUAAUGGCUUUUUGAAUUUACAUUUGCUCUUUCAGAGUGCCAUAGGAUAUUGAAAGUUGGUUGGUUGGUUUCUUCCUGAUUGCUAAGAAGCUUUUGUUAGCUUGUAAGAAUCCAGGGGACCAACAGCUUUAACUCCUCUCCAAAGGACUUGGUAAUGACGAUAAAUGCUCUGUACCUUGUAGAAAUAAUCCCGAUGGCAGCUCAUCAUAUAACCUGCCAUCGGGAUUAUUUCUAUGAAGUGAGGGAUACAUUUAGGAUACCUGCUACAACUAAUGAAAAAGUUUAAAAGGAAUACACAACAUGUAAGGUUAAACGAAAAUUAUUGUGAAGUCUCUCUUGAAAACAUGCAUGUAUGGUGCAUAGGAACUUAUCAAGUUCUGUUUGUCACUUUUCCAACCUUCUUCCAUGAAAAUUAAUAUACCACCGAAGCAUAAUUAAUCUUCUUCAAAAUCCGUGAUGGGGUUUAUCUUUAUCGUCUUCUUGAUUGUCUGAUCAUCAGUAUUGAAAAUGAUUAUGAUGAUGGUUUAAUUUCUUUUGUUUUUUUGAUUUAUGGCUUUGUAACAGUUGUUGUACCUUUAAAUUGAGAGCAGGAAGCGAAUGAACAAAGACAAGUAAAUUGGACAAAUCACCUUUUGGGUAGCCAGAAGGGCAUACAUUCAAUUUCAUAAACAAAAUUAAUGUCUUUCUAGCUCUCCGUAACUGAUUCACAACAUUCUGUAAAAUUCCAUAACAAAUUACAGAAAGUGAUUUCCUUAUCUUUGCUUUAUAUAUGUGAUUUGAAUAUCUUCUCUCUUCCUCAUCUUCUUGCUUGUUUAAUUAAAUAUGAUGCUAGUAUUGACCCAAAGGCAGAAAUUGAAAAGUAGAACCAUUAUGACUGAAGAAUUGCCAAAUUGGCACCAGUAUUUCUUUUGUCUCCAACUUACUGUGCAAAUCAUAAGUGUAGAUGUAUGAUUACCUUUAGAGAAUGCAGUUAAACAGUACUUCUGGAGAGAAACUGUCUCCGAUAAAAAAUGUAGAACGUAAAAUGUACAAAUAUAUGUAUGUGCAAAUGUAUAUAAUGUAACAUCUGAAUGUAUAUUAUACUGUCUGUAUGUCUGUUUAUGUGUGGUAGAUGGUAGAUAUCAUGUGGAAUGUCUUUUCGUAUCCCAGAACCAAGUAUUUACAGAGGUUUAACAGGUUCUGGCACCAAUAUAAACGCUCCUUUCGCGUAUGAUAUGAUGCAGAAAGGUACACUGGGGCUUUAAAAGAAAUAUUACAUAAGCCCAAUGCUCUUCACAUUUCUGUAUGUCAUUAUCAGAUGAAUAUUACUGAGCGCAGUUCCUUUUUCGUCCCGAUCACUCAACACAACAAUCAUUUCCAUACAUGUUUAAAAAACAAAAAAACAACAACUGCUGAGCUAAUUGCGGCAGUUUUCAAUGUUAUGUGUGAACGAGCUUGAAGUAACGGAAGAUGUAAGAAUAUAAGUUAAAGAUGAAUUUGGAAUGCUGAAGGUCAACAAGAAAGAGUAAAUAUGAGAUCUCAUUUUGAUUUUAUUUGAUUGCAAAAGGGUUGGAAAUAUACAGGGUGUUGCUCAAUCAGCCCUCCUUACCCGUACAGACUUGGUCAGAGAUUGCUAUUGAUAUCUGAAUGUGCUAAGGUCCAUAUGACCUGUAGACGGUGUUGUUUCAUUAUGUUGCAUAACUUGUAUCCCGGUCAUCUAAGGAGGAAAAGAGGGUUGAGUCUGAUAUCGACCCUGUUGAGAAAAUGACAACGGUGUUCAAUGAAGAGGAUUUAACCCUUUGCCUACUGAAACUGAGUGAUUCCUGUAUAUAAGCCUAUGGCAAUUAAUGAAUUCAGUAAUCAACAGAUUAAUGUAUUGUCUGUCCGGUAUUCCCUACAUUUACCCUAGCUGAUCACAAUUUAGUGAUCCAUUAUAACUGUCCCUCGUAUCAUUAUCUUUUUGUUUUCUUCCACAUUAAAAAGCGGAAAAAGGAAGUUUGUAUUAAUCUAAAUGUACAUUGUUGAUGUAAACAUUUUUGUUAUAGCUGUUUGCAAAGUAUUUUAGUUUUUCAUGUACAGUAGAAAUAAAUGUUCAUUUGAAAAAUGAAUGUCAAUGAACUUAGUAUGUCUAAACAUCAGAGAUGCAUUAGUUAUAAAUGCUACUUUGUUUUACAUUUUUACAUUAUUUGCAUUUUUUCUUCCGGUAUGAAUUGUCUAUGAUUAUCCCUUGCUUUUGUAAUUUUUAAUAUUAGUUAUAAUUGGAAGAGAUAUUUUUAGGGUAUUGUACCAUUAUUCUAGGGUGAAUAUUUACUUCUGAAAAAGCAAGACAUCAGAAAAGAGUAGAUAAAAAAUGAUUGCCUCUGAAUGAGUUAACAGAACAUUUAAUUCUAUAAGUUCAGAAAAGGUGAAAAUAAAGUUACAAUGUUUUACUAAUAAGAUUUAUGGUUAGUGAAUGAGAAAUACAGUUGUAGAAGUAAUUUGUUAUACUUACAAAUACCGGUACUAAUCCAGAAUGAGUAUUAGAUGAGUACUUUCAGUUUUGAACCAAGUACAUUUCAUUUGCCAAUUUCAUGUGGUGUUCUUACAAUAGUUGUUCUUGCCAUUAUAUUCUGUUUAUUACAAAAUAUGAAAUUUCCUCUUGAAAUUGAUUUGUUCCAGGAGUCCUUCAUAUGGUAUGAAUUUUAUUUGUUAUUUUGAAACGACAAGCUUGUAGACUAAUAAUGUUGAAGUCUUUCUUUUUUAAAAUGAUUUUAUGAGUGGAUAUAUUCAAUACAAGGCUAUAGAUUAUAAGUGUUCUCUACAUUUGAAUGAGCAGUCUGCAAAGCAAUUAAAGCGCUAUGCAAACGUAGUUGAAUAUGACUGAAUUUUAUUUCAUGUAGUUUUCUAUAAUUGCAAUUUUACGGUAAGUAACGAGCUAUUUUGUGCAAUGUUAAACUUGUAUUAAUAUUUAUUCUAACGUAAUGUACAGCAUAAAAUGCGUGCAGAGAACUUUGUUUUUUGUGUGAAAUUGGCAUAAUUGUCAAAAGGUAUGAUUAAGUGAUAAAUGGCCCUCACAAUUGGAAUUUGUGAUACAAGCAAACGGUUUUAACCCCCCCCCCCAAAAAAAAAAAGAGUCUUGCGCGACGCCAGGAAGAUGGUUGUUGCUGAUUUUAAAUAUUUAGAACCUUGUCAGAUGAAAUUUACGAUCUUGUAUUGCUUGCCCGUUUGUAUGCUUGCUCGUUGUUCUAGCAAAGCCCUUGGUGAAUGGGCUAGAUGAGGUAAAGUCGACCCGACUUUGAUGAAUGAAGCUGUCAUUUUAAUCUGACAUGAUAUACCCCAGUCACACCGCCACUCCGAACCCAAACUGAUCGCUUCCUUGUCAUUGUGGUAAUGUAAUCCAAUGUAUAUUAAUCAGUCUCUUGUUGAUAUUGUAUAUUCACCUUUGACACAUAAUCAUCAUUGUGACAUGCCAAAUGAACUAUGUAACUUAAUCAAAAUGUCAAAAAUCCAAUUCUUUACUCUACCCACAGAAAGAUAAUAAAACUUUGUGACCUACUAAA